AGUUGUUUCAGAGAAGUCAACGUGUUUUGUGUGGUGCCACUAUAAUUUUUAGGAGUUCGAAAAUAAUUUGAUAAAGAAUGCCAAAGACAAUGAUGAAUUCGCGGAAAAAGGCAACAUGGAGCGCAGAACAGCUUCAGGAAGCUAUAAAUGCAGUUAGAAGCGGAAAGGGGAAAAGGCAAAGUGCAAGAGAGUUUGGUAUCCCAUAUUCUACAUUAAAAGAUAGGUUAAAUACAAACAAUGCUUGUGCAGCACAACUAGGUCGUCAUCCUAUAUUUUCCACUGAACAAGAAAAGCAAGUGGCUGAUCGCUGCAUCUAUUUGGCAAAGAUGUUCUAUGGUCUAACGGCCACUGCGGCUUUGCGGUUAAAAAUAAUAUCAAACACUGCUUCAACGAUGACAAAAAAAUGGCCGGUAAAGACUGGCUUCAAGCAUUCUUAAAACGACAUCCAAAUCUUAGUUUGAGAAAACCCGAGGCAACCAGUUUAGGGAGAAUUUCGGGUUUUAAUGCUGAAAGUGUAGGCCUUUUUUUCAAAAAUUUAAAUAUAGUUUUAACAAAAUAUAACUUUCAAGCCUGCCGCAUAUUUAAUGUUGACGAGACAGGCAUUACCACGGUGCAGGUUCCAUCCAAAAUUAUAGCUCCAAAAGGUGUCAAACAACUGGGAAAAGCUGUAAGUUGGGAGAGAGGUCGAAAUAUAACUCUGUGCUGCUCAGUAAGUGCAUCAGGGAUAUAUAUACCUCCGAUGUUUAUUUAUCCUAGAAUCCGAAUGUCGGAACAGCUCAAACGCAAUGGACCGGUAGGUGCCAUCUAUGAAUGCUCGGCCAAAGGCUGGAUGACUGUAGAAUUAUUCUUGAUUUGGCUUAAACAUUUUAAGAAACACGCAUCUACUUCGAACGACAACCCAGCAUUGUUGUUGCUAGAUAAUCACAGCAGUCAUUGUUCUUUAUCUGCUUAUGAAUUUUGCCGUGAAAAUGGGAUCAUUAUGUUAUCGUUUCCGCCACACACGUCUAAUAAGCUACAGCCACUAGAUUUGACAUUUUAUGGGCCGCUAAAAUCUGCGUAUUCAAAUGAAUGUUCACUUUAUAUGAGACGAAAUGUUCACAAAAAAAUAACACCAUUUGAUGUAUCUGAAAUUUUGAAUCGAGCAUUCGUCCAUGUAGCUACCAUGGAAAAAGCUCAAAAAGGCUUUGAAAUAAGCGGUAUUGUUCCAUAUAGACCAAAUAUUUUCACGGACGAAGAUUUUUUGCCUUCUACCCUUUCUAAUAUUCCCGCUGUUGAACUACAACUUCCUGAAGAUGAACUUACUCCCUGUACCUCAGAAACAAAUCGAGUGCCUUCAAAAGAUGCAGUCUUGGAAACAAAUGAACCUAAUGUUAUUCCAAGUACAUCAAAAGCCAACGAAGCUCAUGCAGAUGUCACUCCUUCAACAUCAAAAUCAGGCCUUGCAAAUGAAAGACAAGGAGAUAUAUCGAUUGAAGAAAUGACACCGUUGUGCGUCAUAACUGAAAAUAAAUUAAAAAAGAGGGGUAGAAAAUUAGGCAUUUCAAAGAUUUUGACGGCGACUCCAGAAAAAAUAGAACUGGAGCAAAAAGAAAAUAGAAAAAUACAAAAGAAAGAAAAGCAAAAACUUUCAAAAAAUGUAAAACACGUUAAUAAAAAAAUUAAACGUGUUACGAGGAAAGUCUUCGAUGAUAGUUCUUCAAGCGGUUCAUCCCUACACGAUGAAAUGGAGAUUUGCAAUGACCACAGUUCCGAUGAUCCCAGCAGCGACGUAGAAGAAGAGUGCAUCUAUUGUGGCGAAUAUGGAAAAUCGGAAAUGUGGUACAGAUGCGGAGUUUGCCAUAAAUGGGCGCAUAAAGAAUGUAGUGGUUACGAUAAUCACAAAAGUUUUAUAUGCGAUUAUUGCAAAUAAAGUGUAGUUUGAAAUGUUUUUUUACUUAAGUAUUUCUUUUAAUAUGUUUUUUUAUAUAAAAAAUAUAUAGAUGUUGUUUGUGCGUAAAUAAUUAUUUUGUGUUUGAUUUUUAUACAAUGUAAACCCUGGGCGGUAUUAUACCAUCAGUGGGCGCUAUUAUCCGCAUAGUCUGAUAAUUCCGCCCAAGUGUAGGUUUGUGAAAAUAAAUGUCAUACUCCGCAAAAUAAAAUAAAUGAAUACUUUUAGGCUUAAAUAAUUAGAAGUGGAUAAAAUGACUCUAUUUUGACAGUUGACAUUUUUUUUCAAGACCUGUAGUUUUUGAUUAAUUCAAUAAAUUGCUUAAGUGGGCGGCAAUACCCGCACUUCCCCUA